GAGAGAGGGGGAGAGGGUGAAGGACGCCCUGCCUGGAAGCUGAUUGGCCACUUGACAUGCGCUGUUGAUUCAGGCGUCCACCGUGCAAAAAGAUAAGAUAAAGGCCAUAUAAAAUAACAGAGAUGCGCAUCCAUCCGUCACUGUCAGCUGCACAUAUACAGUGUCUGCUGCCUCCAGCUACGAGAGAGGAUUAACAAGGACGACUGGCUGCCCCUUCAUCCAAGCAUCACCUGUCAAGAUGUCUCCUAAAGUACGGUGCGCCCCCAAUGACCUGCACACACCCAGAGACGCAGUGACGCUCAGCAGGUUUUCUGUUCGCAACCCAGUGAACGAAGCUGGUGACGCUUCAGAAGACUCCAGUGAAAAUGUGCCUCGAAAACCACUGACUGUUAUCGGAGGGGAAGCCUCCUCAGUGAAAAAUCGAAAACACAAACCCAGACGUGAGAAGUCUGGACAGCGGGGCAGGCGCAGGAUGAAGGCAAACGACAGAGAGCGCCACCGGAUGCACAACCUGAACUCCGCUCUGGACGCGCUGAGGAGCAUCCUGCCGGCACUGCCGGAGGACGCGAAGCUGACCAAGAUCGAAACUCUGCGCUUUGCCCACAACUACAUCUGGGCUCUGACCGAGACUCUGCGCAUGGCCGACCAACUCGGACACACGCCGGAUUACCUACCGGUGGGAUCUGAUGAAAGCAGCCCAACAAGUGGCUUAUCUUCAGAGUUUGGUUAUGUGACCUCACCUGACUUUGACCCAACCAAGUUCUACACGUCAGCUCGUGAAAUGAACUGUAAGAUUUUAUCAAGAGAUCAAGCCAGUGUUAUCCCUGUUACAUUUUAUUUCAAGUCAUUCUGUGGUGAAAAUGAUCUCAAAAACACAUGGCACUGUUGACUUUUCAUGACGUCCAUCUUUUUAUGAGGAACUCUUAGUGACUGCCCAUCUGUCAAGGGUCACAUAAAACACACAAGUGCUGCUGCACUGCUCCCUAUGGGGUGAACACUUUUAGGCAUGUUGCACUUGCAGACACAGUGAUCAGUGAUGUCAGAGCAAGUGUCAUUGAUUGAGAUCCUAAUGGGCCAGAAACACAUGCUUCUGCCCAUACAGAGCAGUGCAGCAGCGUUUCCUAUCUUCAGUGUGAAUUUAUUCUUUAAAAGCACUUAAACUGAGUUCAGAAAGAGUCACAAAACUGAAUUGGUUCAGAAUUACUGUUUAAAAGAUGAAGUACUUUCCAAAGUAAGCCUUAACUGUCAUUUGAGGCUAUUUCUGCUAUUCAUGUUUUAGAACAUGAUUUCAUGACCACUUGCACUCACAGUUUUUGCAAAGCAAUCUUAAACAGUUUUGAUAAAAGACCAUGAAGCACAAUCAAUGAUUUAAGAAGACAGAGAUAAUUGGUGCAAGCUAAAAUAUUUAUUUGGUAAUGAUAUUCAAAUGUGGUUUUGCUGCAUAAAAGUAGGUCUAUUUAUUUAAUAAAACUGUAGAAAACUGUCUCUUGGGGUGAAAAGUUGUCUGGCUUUCCAUUGUUUCCAUGAUUCAAAAGAGCGUAAUGAACAUAUACAAAGACAAAUAUUACUUAAACACAGUGGCUGUCAUUCAAAUGGGAAAAUAUUUUUUUAGGGAGAGAAAAAAAAUGAAUG